GUUCCCUAUCACUAGAGCCUAGCGAAGCAGCUCGCCAAGAAAUACCGUCAGCACUCGCGUACUCUACAUCCUCGUAUCUCACAAGCUGCAGCCCAUCACAGAGCUCGAUGGCAAAGACCUUUUCAACGUGUGGCAUCAAUGCAUCAUGUGUCACUUUGAUCUAUGGAAGGCAGGGGUCCAUCACCGAGAUGCCAGCCCUAGCAAUAUGACGUAUUACAAGUCUGAAGGCGCCCUGAUGGGUAUCUUCUACAACUAUGAUUUUUUAUCAUCACUGUCGACUCCGGCGGGCUCUGGAGGCAACGAACGCAUGGGCACAAUACCGUUCAUGGCGCUCGACCUCCUAUCUAACACGUGGGGUCAACGAGGCGAAGUCAAACAUUUGUAUCGCCAUGAUCUGGAGUCCUUCAUG